AUGUGCUCAUACAGUGCAAGUCCAAACAAUCGCCUGACUCCAUUUCGAGUAGAACUAUCUUCAUGUGUGUUCCGAAGUCUUCUUUGUUGCAGUUUAAAUCUAGAUAGUCCAUUGAAGGAAGUAAAUGGAGGAAUUCCCUUCAGAGGAUUUGUAUGUGGAAAGUUUCAGCCUUCCACAGGAUUAGUGUCUCUACUGGACGCAAACAUGGAUGGAAUUCCUCCACCAGCUCCUUAUGCUGACAAGCCAAGUCGGAGAGAUCGGUAUAGAAGGAUUAGGACAAGGGCCACCAAGGAACAGGGAUAUGGAAACCAUUCAGGAACAGAUUUUAUCCGGGCAGUAGGACCUUCACUUUCCUGUCCAAAUAGUAAGUGA